AUGACGUCCUCCCACUCUAACCACGCAUGCGGAGCUCCGGGGGCAUGCAGCAUGGCGAUCGGUGGUGUGCUGUGUCCCUUGCAAUCAACGGAAAGAGCCGAAGAUCUGUCACGCUGACAGCUUGAGAGGAGAGGAGAGCCAGUAAUCGGCAUCCCUCAGAGGGGACAUGUACACUGAUCAUCAGGGCACUGAUGAUCAGUAUAGCCCCAGCAGUGCCACCUAUCAGUGUCCAUCAAUGCCAGCUGUUAGUGCCCAUCAAUGCCACCUGCCAGUGCCCAACAAUGCCACAUAUUAGUGCCUACCAGUGUACAUCAAUGCCACAUAUCAGUGCCCAUCUGAGCUGCAUUUCAGUGCCACCUAUCAGUGCCAGUCAGUGCCACCUAUCAGUG